AACGUCUACUCAUAUACUCACACAUGGUCAGAGCUAGGAAGAACACUUGUCCUGGAGAGACUGGGGGAUCUAGACUUUUAUUUUCCCCAAAAGGCACCAGAUGAAUUCUACCUAGAGCUAAAUGGAAGCAUAACACAGAACCACAGACUACUGACGUGAGGCUAUCUUUCUCAGUGCGAUGGAUAAACUCCAUGGUCAAGAGGUCAAGAUUAGGCUGGACAUGGGCACAGCCCAUCCUGGACCCAGCACCCUGACCAGAGGACAGUGGUCUAGCAAAAUCGAGUUUCUCCUGGCUGUUGCAGGGCAAAUAAUAGGCCUCGGAAAUGUGUGGAGGUUUCCUUACCUGUGCUACAAAAAUGGUGGAGGGGUGUUCUUCAUCCCUUAUGUACUCUUCCUAUUUACCUGCGGCAUUCCCCUGUUUCUGCUGGAGACAUCCAUUGGCCAGUACACCAAACAGGGAAGUAUUACCUGCUGGAGAAAAAUUUGUCCCCUGUUCGAAGGGAUGGGUUAUGGCAGUCAGGUGGUUGUUUUAUACUCCAGCAUCUAUUACGUUGUCAUACUGGCUUGGGCUUUCCUGUAUCUCUUCUCCUCUUUUACCUCUGAACUUCCCUGGGCCAGUUGCAGGAACAGCUGGAACACAGAGAGAUGUGUGGAGUUUGAUCAAAGGACCGAUUUUUACAACUUCACUAUGGCAGAGAACGUAACAUCACCAGUGAGAGAGUUUUGGGAGAGAAGAGUUUUGAAUGUCAAAGAAAGUCCCCACGAGUUAGGCCACAUACGAUGGGAGUUGGCUCUGUGUCUUCUGUUGUCCUGGAUCAUCUGUUACUUCUGUGUCUGGAGGGGAGUAAAGUCCACGGGGAAGGUAGUGUACUUUACUGCUACAUUUCCAUAUGUGAUGCUGUUGGUGUUGCUCGUUCGUGGACUCACGUUGCCUGGGGCCUUAGAUGGGAUCAAGUUCUACCUCUACCCAGAUCCAUCUCGCCUCAUUGAUCCCCAGGUGUGGAUGGAUGCUGGAACACAAAUAUUUUAUUCCUAUGCUAUUUGCAUUGGGUGUCUAGCUGCACUUGGCAGUUAUAAUAAGUACAACAAUAACUGCUACAAGGACUGUAUUUACUUGUGCCUUCUGAACAGCGGGACCAGCUUUGUAGCUGGCUUUGCCAUCUUCUCUGUACUUGGAUUCAUGGCGUAUGAGCAAAACACAGACAUAUCAAAAGUGGCAGAGUCAGGUCCUGGCUUGGCGUUCAUUGCCUAUCCUCGAGCAGUCGCCAUGAUGCCUCUUCCUCAGCUCUGGGCAAUAUUCUUUUUCAUUAUGAUCAUCCUCCUAGGGCUGGACAGUGAGUUUGUAGGUCUGGAAGCUCUCGUAACAGCAGUUUCUGAUUUGAACCCCUCCUUCUUCCACGUUGGUCAUCGACGUAAACUUCUCCUGCUUGCUAUCAGUGUUGUCAGUUUCUUCAUUGGCCUUGUGAUGGUUACAGAAGGUGGACUGUACAUCUUCCAGUUGUUUGACUACUAUGCCUGCAGUGGGAUGACUCUACUUCUCUUUGCCAUACUGCAGUCUGUCUGUAUCGGAUGGGUGUAUGGUGCAGACCGGUUUUAUGAAAACAUUGAGGACAUGAUAGGUUACAAGCCUUUACCCCUGAUUAAGUACUGUUUGAAAUAUAUCACUCCAGUGAUCUGCAUGGGAACAUUUGUUUUCUUUCUGGUUAAGUACACUCCUCUGAAGUUCAAUAACACGACUGAGUAUCCAUGGUGGGGUUAUGCUCUUGGCUGGUGGUUCACUCUCUCCUCCACGCUCAUGGUUCCCCUCUGGAUGCUGUACAGUCUGAGUGUCACCCCUGGUACACUCCGACAGAGGAUCUCCAUCUUAUGUACUCCAUCUGAAGACCUUCCUUUGACCAAAUCAGAGAAAAAAGCUCUUGAACUGCUCAACUUGACCUCAUCUCCUGACAGCAUGGUGUCCUAGUGAGAAGAGAUAAACUGGAGCAGCUACAGAUACACUGAAAACUGAGACAUCAGGGAAAGUUUACCCUCAAUGUGGUUCAUUUUAAAGCUGUGAUUCCCAGUCUUUUUCCCCCUAAAACAAAGCAAUGUCUACUUGUGACCCCCUGAUAAUGGGUUGAUGCCUACCAGUUAUGACCAGUUCAACCAAAGGCUAAUUUUUGUUGGAAUACUUGAAUGCCAAACAUUAUCCAGUAAGUCACAAAAGGCAAAGAUUAAAGUAAAGUGUUCAAAAAAUGUAAUUCUGUGCAGCAGAAAUAAGUUUUUCUGCUUUCCUAUCGUAUUAAGAAUCUCACGACCCCCCAGACUUAUCUUGUGACCCCUUGUGGGGGUCCCGACCCUCUUGUUGUGAAUCAUUGCACUAAAGGAAUGGUUUCAGAUUUUUUUUUUUUUCACUCCACUAAUCUCUACAGAGUUUGAAUGCUAACUCAACAGAUAUAUUAUGAAGGACAUGGUAAAGAGAAUCUAAGCUCAAAGGUCCACAAACGCAAACCCUUGUUUUCUUCUCGGCUUCAGAGCUUUCAAACACAUCUCAUGGUCUUCAUUCAGCAAAUGGAGCAGUCUCAUGUGUCAUCAUGUGACUUUCAAUCAGUGACAGCUCUGAAAUCUAGCAAGAAGGAUUGACACUCAUUUUCAUUCUGGAUGAUUCUGGAUCAACUCUUUUAGCUUAUAAAAUGUAGGAAAAAAGUGACAAAUGCACAUCCCAGUUUCCCAGAGGCCAGGGUGACAUCUGCGCAUGUCUUGUUUUGUCCAGCUUACAGUCCACAGCCCAAAGGAGUUUUUGUUUGAUAAAUAACUUAAACAAUGAAUCAGUUGCUAAAAUUUUUUACCAAUUAGUAUUCUGUCAAAUGAUUGAUUGAUUGAUCUCUUAGUUGAUUCAGCACUGGACCUUAUGUAUGUUCAUGAACGAACAUAAAUGCUCAAAUUCAAACUGAUACUUGAUAUUUUUAAUUUUUAUUCAUCUAAAGAAAAAGUCUUGAGAGUAAGAGUGUUUUUUACUUUUUUUUAUUUUGUUGUAACCAGGUUGUAGAGCUAUUUGGAGUAAAGUAACAUUGAUAAACACUUCCCCAAUAAGCCAUACAGACUUUACAGUCACUGUGACUGUCAUGAGUUAAAUAUAAAACUGAAAAUGCAAAUUAUUCUACUAAUAAAUGGAGAAAUCUGUCUUUCUGUCUGACCUGUUUCUCGACACCCACUAUUCCAAACAACUUCAAACUUGGCAAGGUCCCAGGGAAGUGCAGUGUCGAACUGUGCAGUUGUUUGGAUGAGCGGUUCUCUCAGAAAAAUUCGACAGAAAUUCCUCCAUUUGUUUUAAACUGCACUAGUUAUUCCUAUGGUAGACAUGUUUUCUUUUUAAUUCAGACUAUCGAAGGUGACUCUCCAGCAGGACAGGCACCGCACUAGUUGUAACUAAAUAAAGCAGUGACAUGAAAGAAGGGAGGCUAUCCAGCAUUAAAGGUCAGAUUCAGACCCUGGACACCAGGCUGUCCCAACAUUAAAGUGUUUCUGACCAGAGUAUCACAACCUUUAAAAGUGUUUCCUGUAUGUGCUGCUCACACAGGCACGAAAACUAUUGAGCAUUUACAAGUUUGUAUUUGGCAUUAGAUUAAAAAAAAAAAAAAAAAAAA